CGCAUACACCCACACCGCAUACACCCACACCGCAUACACCCACACCGCAUACACCCACACCGCAUACACCCACACCGCAUACACCCACCAUGAGUCUCCUCCACGGCGUCCUCACCGAUUCCAUAGAGAAGAGGAAACUGGGCCUCUCCCAGAACGACGACGCGCACGAUUCCGACGAUGAGUACGUCAAUGUGAUGUCGUCGCCUGGUACACCCAUAGCGGGCUCUCGUCCCUCGUCGAGGCCGCAAUCCCCAGCUCCCGGCGGCCGACUCCAGUCUCGCCUUUCGCUAGGCAGCCAGAAGCCGUCAUCAGACCCACUACGAGCAUUUCCGACGGAUGUGUCCCAGCGGAUCUUCAGCCAACUAUCCAUCCGAGACCUUGCUCGGUGCUCGCGCGUGUCCAGGAAGUGGAACAAGAGUCAGACGCUCAACUACAUUUGGUUCCAGCAUUAUCGGAAAGAGAACUUCCACGACGAGAGCUUGCCGCCUGGCAAGUGGACGAAGCGAGAGUCUAAGCAGAAUUGGCGUCACAUUUAUGCUCAGACCAUACCUAACCGCGACCCGCCACCGCUCGGUCCGCUCAAUCCCUCAUCGAAGCGUGGAUCGGGAUAUUCUACUCCCUCCGGCUAUAUGACUCCCAAGGAGUUUCGCGAAGAAAAGUGGCAAGCAGAGGCCGAGGCAGCGGAGCGACCUAGCAAAGUCGAGAUGCGAGAGCUUUACAAGGAGAUGGGCGGCAGGAAGGCUAAGACGAAGACCAAGCUUGGCAGUGCGGGUGGUGCUAGAAAUAAGGGUGGACUUGGGGAUGAGAAUGAAGAGCUCUAAGUACCUUCAAUCAGCGAUGUGUAUAGAACACUAAGAAUGUAGAGUUUUGGAUGUACAACUAGAUGUUGGGGGGCGUUACUCACCGC